UCUCUCCCCCACCGAGUCACUACUGCCUUGUUUGUUUUCGUUUUACAUACAAAGAACUAUUGUUAUUAUAUUUUUUAUAUAUAAAUAAUUCGAAGAGAUGAAAGGUGAAUAUGAAGAAGGAAAGAAUAGCAGCAGUGGGAACAAUAUGUUCGCGAAGCUUCACCACCCACAUCACCAACAGCAGAAGCUGCAGCAGCUACACCACGUCGUGACUCGGGAAUGCCAGACUUCAGAAGAAGAUGAGAGCCGAAGCAGCGGAGGAGUAGGAGUAGGAGGAGGUAGUGGCGGUGGCCCUGCUGGCAGCACGGCCGACGGAUCCAUUAAUGUCAAGAAGAUUAAGAAAGUAGAUGGAACCACCGCUGCUGGCGACGGUGCUACCAUUGAAGUGGUCAGGCGUCCAAGGGGUCGCCCACCUGGCUCCAAGAACAAACCCAAGCCUCCUGUUAUAAUCACUCGCGACACCGAGUGCGCAAUGCGCCCCCAAGUCCUCGAGGUCCCCGGUGGUCUGGAUGUAGUGGACGCCAUCUCUCGUUUCUCUCGUCGACGGAAUCUUGGUGUCUGCGUUCUCAGUGGGUCUGGCACCGUCGCUAACGUCACUCUCCGUCAACCCUCCACCAACCCGGGUGCUACCGUCACCUUUCAUGGCCGCUUUGAUAUACUCUCCAUCUCUGCUACCUUUCUCCCUCCCUCAUCAACGUCGCUUCCUUCUUCGGUUAAUGGGUUUACGAUUUCGCUCGCUGGGCCGCAAGGUCAGAUCCUUGGAGGGUCAGUCGUAGGUUCUCUUCUGGCCGCCGGUACCGUCUUUAUCGUCGCUGCAACAUUUAGUAAUCCGUCUUAUCAUCGUUUGCCCCUGGAAGACGAAGUUCCCAAUUCUCUCUCCGGUAACGCCGGCCAGUCUCCUUCCCCUCCUGGCGGUGGAGAAGGAAGCCACCCUCCUCCGGCAGAAUCAUGUGGAAUGUCAAUCUACAGCUGUCACCUACCUUCGGAUGUCAUUUGGGCACCCACCGCCAGACAACCACCACCACCACCACCGUUCUGAGUUCUGGGUUUGGCUUGCUUUUCCUUUCUUUUUUUUUUUUCUUUUUUUUUCCGCUUAGCUUGUGAAUUAAGAAUUCAUUGUCUGUACUUUUUGUUAAUCACUCUUUCUAGUGUUUUAAUCUUGCUCUCUUUUAGCUUUAGAAUUUGAAGGACAGGAGAGAUAGGAAAGGUGAAGACUGUAGAAAGAAAACAGUGUAGUUUUUAGCAAAAUCUAGCAUAAAUUUUCAUGUGUCUGAAAAGAGAAAUUCAUCUUCCCUUUUAACGGGUCUAACGUCAAAAUCAAUCUUUCUCUCUGGGUAUUUUGAUUCUCUCUCUGGGGGGCAUGAGUAUGGGGCUUGCUUUGGAGUUUGAGACUGACCACAUCAGCUGAUACUGCAGCUGCUGCUGCACCUCUGGCGUAGAUAAUGGGGUUUCAGAUUUCCUUUCUUAGCUUCUUCUGGUUUCGGAUAAAGUGAGUGCGUGAACAUGGGUUGGUUGUAUUUUGCCAGUUUCUCCAGCUUAGCAGUGAAUCUGUAGAGAGAGAGAGGAGAGAGAGAGAGAGAGAGAUGGUCACGCGAGAUCUGCUUUUAUUUAUGCGAGAGACUAGACUCUAUGGAGAUUAGAGAAGGGUAGGGAACGGUGGUGUUUGGAUUAUUUUACUUUAUCAGAUACGUUCAGUUGCACCUUUCUUCUUUCUUGUCUGGAUCAGUGUACAUUGAAAGCUCUCUCUCCGUGAGGACUUGUUGUUGAUUUCAUUCUGUCAUUCAUUAGUUGGUUCUUUGCUCUGAUAAAAGGAAAAAAAAAAAAAAAGAAAGAAAAGAAGAGCAUUCCCCAAUGCCUUUUAUCAAUGUAUCACUGUUAAGUCUGUUACCAUGUAUUCUAUCCAAUGCAAAUGCAGUAAAAAAAAAAC